CCCCCGGCUCCCGAGAAUGCUGCCUUUCUCCCACCUGGAGAAUGUCUGUCCCGCUCCAAGGGUACGAAUUCACGUCACUGGCGGUGGAUCGCUUUGCACGGCGGCCUUGGACAUAUUGUUCAAUUCUUGUCGGUCGCGUGGAGGAUAUUCGCAGAAUUCGGGAGUUGUGAGGUGAAGAUCGGCGUUAUUGUGGGGUCUGUGUCGAUUGUGUGCCGCCCUUGGCAGUGGUAGUCUAGGUGGAAAUGUAAUUUGAGGACAGGUAUUGAGCGAAAGUUAGUGCGGCGAGGACAAUAUGGAUGACUACGAUUUUGGCGAAGUGGAGAAUGUGGGAGUGGCGAAGAAGAAGAUUUCGAAAGCGAAGCCCGCUGGGGCUAAAGUUGCGAAAGCUCCCAGGGCCCCCAAGGUUCCGCUACAAUCCAGCUCUGGUUUCAACGUCGACGCCAACGAUGUCGAUGAAAAGAUUGUUAAACCUUCAAAGCGCGAGCCUCACGGGGACAAAUCCAUCGAGGAGACGUAUCAAAAGAAAACUCAGCUUGAGCACAUCCUGUUAAGGCCUGACACUUACGUCGGAAGCAUUGAAAAAUACACUCAAACGCUUUGGGUGUACGAAGACGGGAAAAUGGUGAACCGGAGUAUUACAUUCGUCCCAGGUUUGUACAAGAUUUUCGAUGAAAUUCUUGUGAACGCCGCGGAUAAUAAGCAGCGCGACCCUUCCAUGGACACUGUGAAGGUUGAGAUUGACAUCGAUCAAAAUUUUAUUAGCGUUUACAACAAUGGGGCUGGAGUGCCGGUUGAGAUCCACAAAGAAGAAGGUGUCUACGUUCCUGAGAUGAUUUUCGGGCAUCUUUUGACUAGCAGUAACUACAAUGACUCCGAAAAGAAAACUACGGGUGGUCGCAAUGGGUAUGGAGCAAAGCUGGCUAACAUCUUUUCUACAGAAUUUACCAUUGAAACAGCAGACGGGACACGUCAGAGGCGGUAUAAGCAGAUUUUCACGAAUAACAUGAGCCUCAAAUCUGAGCCAAAAAUCACUACGUGCAAGCCCUACGAAAAUUGGACCAAAGUUUCGUUUAAACCCGACCUCUCCAAAUUCAACAUGACCCACCUUGAAAGUGAUGUAGUCGCCCUCAUGAGCAAGCGUGUGGUGGAUAUUGCUGGCUGCAUAGGCAAAGGCUGUAAAGUUGAGCUAAAUGGGAAACGUCUUCCAAUUAAAUCAUUCCAAGAUUAUGUCGGACUGUAUCUUUCUGUUGCUAAUUUCAACCGUGAGGAGCCGUUGCCGAGGAUUUAUGAAAAAGUAAGUGAUCGGUGGGAGAUAUGCGUCAGUCUCAGUGACGGACAGUUCAAUCAGGUGAGUUUUUGUAAUAGCAUUGCCACGAUCAGAGGAGGCACCCAUGUCGCGUACGUUGCGGAUCAGAUUGUUUCCCACGUCCUGGGACUCGUAAACAAAAAGAACAAAACAGCUGGUGUAAAACCUUUUCAAAUCAAAAACCACAUGUGGGUUUUCGUCAAUGCUCUCAUUAACAAUCCCACAUUCGACUCCCAAACGAAAGAGACACUUACUACUCGCGCUAGUAGCUUCGGGUCCAAAUGUGAAUUGUCAGCUGAAUUCCUGAAGAAAGUUGCGAAAUGUGGAGUUGUGGAGAACGUGUUAACUUGGGCAGACUUCAAGCAGAGCAAAGAGCUGAAGAAAAACGAUGGUGCCAAACGACAACGCAUUACCGGCAUCCCCAAACUUGAUGACGCCAACGAUGCUGGUGGGAGAUCUUCAGAGCAAUGCACUCUCAUCCUGACAGAGGGUGACUCCGCAAAAGCUCUUGCUAUGAGUGGAAUCAGCGUUGUGGGCCGCGACAAAUAUGGUGUUUUCCCUCUGCGAGGAAAGCUCCUCAAUGUGAGGGAAGCUAGCCAUAAGCAGAUUAUGGAAAACGCUGAGAUUACGAACAUCAAGCGUAUCCUUGGCCUCCAGCAUGGCAAAGACUAUGAUAAUACAAAAUCAUUACGAUAUGGGCAUCUGAUGAUCAUGACCGAUCAGGAUCACGAUGGGUCUCAUAUCAAAGGAUUGUUAAUCAACUUCAUCCACUCAUUCUGGCCCUCGUUGCUCAAAAUUCCAUCAUUCCUCGUGGAGUUCAUCACUCCAAUCGUUAAGGCAAGCAACAAGCAAAAGAUGCUCUCCUUUUACACGAUGCCUGAGUACGAGGCAUGGAAAGAAUCCCUCAAUGGCGAGACGAAAGGGUGGACCAUAAAGUACUAUAAGGGUUUGGGUACUUCAACAUCGAAAGAAGGUAAAGAGUACUUUCGUGAGCUCAGCAAGCACAAAAAGGAUUUCAAGUGGGAAAGUGAAAUGGAUGGCGACGCAAUUGAAAUGGCAUUCAGUAAGAAAAAGAUCGAGGCUCGGAAGACGUGGCUGCGCCAUUAUGAGCCCGGUACUUUCCUUGACAUGACCGCGGAUAAAAUCAAAUACAGUGAUUUUGUGAACAAAGAACUAAUCCUUUUCUCUAUGGCUGAUCUUGCAAGAUCCAUUCCAUCGAUGGUGGAUGGAUUGAAGCCUGGCCAACGAAAAAUCCUUUUCUGCUGUUUCAAGAGGAACUUUGUCACGCAAGCGAAGGUCGCGCAAUUUUCUGGUUACGUGUCAGAACAUUCGGCGUAUCAUCACGGGGAGGCGAGUCUAGCUAGUACCAUCAUUGGAAUGGCGCAAAACUUUGUUGGAAGCAAUAACAUCAACCUCCUUUCACCAGAGGGUCAGUUUGGAACUCGUGAGCAGGGAGGGAAAAAUCAUGCUAGCCCGCGUUAUAUCUUUACGUGUCUAGCGCCGAUUACUCGUGCUCUCUUUCCUCAGCCGGACGACGUCCUACUUGACUACAUGAAAGAGGAUGGACAGUCCAUUGAGCCCAGCUGGUAUUGCCCCAUUAUACCCCUAGUGCUUGUCAAUGGCAGCGAAGGUAUUGGCACUGGAUGGAGCUCCUUCGUGCCUAACUACAACCCCAGAGAAAUUGUUGCCAAUAUUCGACGGCUGUUGGCUGGCCAGGAAUUGACACCUAUGCACCCGUGGUAUAAGAGCUUCAUGGGAACAAUUGAGUGCUCAGCUACCAAGGAUAUUGGUCUCACGUACACAAUCACUGGUACCAUAGAACAGAUCGAUGAAACAACGAUCAAAAUCUUGGAGCUUCCUGUCCGCAAGUGGACGCAGGACUACAAAGAGUUUCUCGAUGCCCUGAUGACCCCUUCUGACAAGAACAAGGAGCCAUUUAUCAAGGAUUUCCGAGAGCACAACACGGAUACCAAAGUGCACUUUGAACUCACUCUCUCAGAGGAGAACAUGGCGAUAGCUUUGGCGGAAGGCUUAGUGAAAAAGUUCAAGCUUACCACCACAAUAAGCACUAGUAACAUGCACUUAUUUGAUGCGAAGGGAAUCAUUAAGAAAUACGAUACGCCAGAACAAAUUCUUGAGGAGUUCUUCCAUAUCCGCUUAGAUCUCUACGUCAAGAGAAAGGCGGUACAAUUACAAAACUUGCAAUACGAGCUUGUAAAGGUGGACAAUAAAGUGAGGUUCAUCUUGGGUGUGGUAAAGGGUGAAAUUAUUGUGAACAAUCGCAAGCGUAUAGAUUUACUAUCCGAGCUUCAACACAAAGGUUUUGCUCCAUUCCCCAAGAAGGCAAAGUCGCCUGAUCCCCCCGUCGUAGGUGCCGACCCUCUUCCGGAAGACAAUGAGCAGGACGAGAAGGUGAAAGGGGUAAAGGUUGCGGACUACGACUAUCUAUUGUCCAUGCCAAUCGGAUCUUUGACGUACGAAAAAGUCCAACAACUUCGUGGUCAGCGUGAUAAGAUGGAAGAGGAAGUGGAGGAGCUUAAGAGGGCUACACCUGAAGCAUUGUGGAUAAAGGAUCUUGACGAGUUUUUAGUCAAGUUGGAUGCCCAGGAAGAACAAGAGGCGAUUGAUGCUGUCUAUGAAGCUAAGCACUCCGCCAAAGAAGGGAAUCAAACCUUCAAAAAACCUGCUCCUAGAAAGCAAGCUGCCCCUAAAGUGAAGAAGGUCGAAUCUGUGGAUGAAGAUUAUGAUGCGCCAGCUGCGGCUGCCCCAGUUGUUCCAGCAGUAAGCAAACCUGCGCCGACGAAAGCUGCACCAAAACCACGAGCGAAGGCUGUCCCUAAGAAGCCCGCCAAAAUAUUGGAACUUGACGACAGCGACGAAGAGGACUUCACUGCAAGCCUUCGUGACCGCUUAGCUGCCUACAAUGCCCAGGUUGUGCAACCAAGCAUUGUGAUAGAGGAUGUGGAGCGUUCCGAAGUUGUGGACGAAGCUCCCAUUGUGACCAAACCUGCCCCAAGGAAACGACUCCAGAAGAUAGGAGCCAAGAGCCAAGUUCUUUCAUCUCCAAGCUCACCUGAGAUAGUGGCAGCUCCUGAGCCCAAGGAGGCACCUCCGAAGAUCAAGAGGAUUCAGGCCUCACCUCUUAACAAAAAGACCAAGGCUUUGACAGCCAAACAAGUCUUGCAAGCUGCAGAAGCCGAAGCAGCAGCCCGACCUGCACGGGUUGGCCGCCGGAAGAUGCAAUACAUCAUCAGUGAUAGUAGCAGCGAAGAUACAAAUGAAGAAAGCGACGACGUUGUUUCAGACUUCUCAGAUACGGAGAGCUUUUAAAAUAUUGAAAACAUUAUGUACAGUAAAGAAUUGUUCUUUUAUUUAGUGUAGGUGUUAACCUAGUACUUGACGGUCAUCAGUUAUGACCUGUACUAGAAAGCCCAGAUCAUUUGAUUAAUUACCAUUUUUUUCCCCACAAGCGGUGUUCCCUUGUGAAAGACGUAUCUUAGGUCGCAGCCAAUAUCUAUAUCGGGAUGUGUACAUAGCUUUUCAUGCUUAUUUUUACAUUGAUUGAUAUGUAUCUUUAAGUGAGUUACAUUUGACAUAUUUAUCUUAAA